AUGGAGCUGGAGUCGGACCCAGAAGACAUAACAGCACCCAUUUCCUCCAGUCGGACCGGCCUUGCACCGAUCUCGACAGGCCUAGUGCCGGCAACCUCAGCAGGCCUCACAGCGACGUCGGCAGGAAUCUCACCAAGAACAAUUGACCCAGCACCAGCCUCAGCGAGCCUGCCGUCAUCACCACAAGCACACACGGCACCAAUCUCAAGGCCCCCUUUGAAAAAGCGGAAGUCGGUGAGAUGGGAUGACGACGUGAACAGCGUCAUCGAAUUCCGUGAGCCGGAUCCCAUGGAUUUGGACGAUAAUGCUCCUGUGCAAAAAGAUCAAGUUGAGGCCACUCCACGGCCUGCAGCAUCUCUCACUGCUCGGCCUCCUACCCCACCUCCCACAUUGUCUGCUCCUGAGCCAACAGUUACUAUCAUACCCCAACGCAAUACCUGUUCAGAAAAGCGGGUUAGGUUUGGCAAGCCCCAGUCUGGGUCCAUAUGUAUUCAAACAACUUUUAACGGGUUACCUGAUGGGACUCGUGAUGAGCUGUAUGCAAGGUUUCUAGCCACGGAGAGCUUGGAGUUUGACCACAGUUGCCUUGCUACAUCGGUAGCUACCGCACUGCACUCAAUGGUUAAAACUGACUUGGCCUUUGGCGGCUUAAGUUCUAAUACCGACCAACAAAGGCUACAAAAUGUGGCGAGUUCUUUACGAGCCGGCAUUAUGGGACUGCUUUGUGCUCAGCCAGACUACAGCAUUCUCAUUUACCCGUCAAAGUGUGAAGAAUGGAAUGCCGUUCAGCUCAGGGGACUUUCAGCGUCAGGUCCAUCUGAAUUUGAGCUCUUGUACUACAUAUUUAUACCACACGAGCCUCUCCUGGCCCUGUUGCCGCCACCCCGGGAUGUGCCACCUAAGCCGCCUGGCGCUGGCAAGGAGUCAUCAAAUCGGCAACUGAUCAUGGAAAAGUUCUUCGGUUUUGACUACCAGAGGCUGCUACCAACCAGCUUGAAGCCCGCAUCGACACAUAACUUCUUCCUGGCAUUUCCUGACUCAAAGAUGGAAGUUCGUCUCUUGCUAUUUCACUGGCUUCGUGCAUGUGAGCCCAACUGCUGUAUCUUCACAAGCGACCAUCCUGGGAGCUGGUAUGCCUUCCAGAGCAAGCUCAGCUCAGAAGAGACAGCGGGUGUGGUCAUCGUACAUGAGUUGAUGGCGUGGACUUUGCACAGGUUCCCGAAUCUGCGACAUCUCUUACUUGGCCGAGAUGAUCAGUUUUGGUGCUUUACAGAGCCGAUGAGCAAGCUCCCGAUGUAUCCAUCAACAAUUUCGCUGUUGGAAGAAAGUUCUGUGGUGCCUCCCGGCCAACUCCAGCUCACGCGCUUGUUUCCCCUAGGGGCGGCCAUAUUAUUGACCCCAAGCUUUCUGGUAGCGGAACCAACUCGAGCCCUCGAAAUCAUCGACUGGUUUCUGAUGUACUUUGCCAAAUCCACAACAUGUCGUCUUGUUACCGCAUGGGACUUUGCAGCCUACCUCAGGGACUUGGCUGAGGAGAAGGAGCAUGAGCGAGCCAAGCUGCUAGCCUCUCCAGCAGCGAUGGAGAGCACGGCCAAUCUUGCCAUUCUCGAGAACUUGAAAGGUUUAAGCAAGGAAGAUUGCGAGAGCCGGUUUACUGCCGCUAUAAAGGCCUAUGAGCUGGACGACCUGAGACGUCGAAAACUCCCGCCUGUUGGUGACAACGAGGAGAGCGCCACGCUGGUCUAUGCUAUUGACAAGAUCGACCCCAAUGACGAGCAAAGCCUCGUCAACUGGUUUGGGUACUGGUCAACACUGCGAUUGGAUCAGUUCCGCCACUUCUAUGUUCUUGGUACAGACGACUCCAUAACAGCGCGUCGGUCUGAAAGAGGCGAGCGAGAAAUCACCGUUCCAACGUACACCAGCCGCACCAUCAAUGACUCAGACUACGUGUUGAAGGGUACCUUGGAGCACUACCGUGUUUGCAACACGCAGGCCGAACAAUCCGGACAAGCCCACGCUGUUGCAGAGAGCGCAGGUAUAGCACCAGCCGUCACCUCUGCUGCAGCCCCUGCUUCUGUGUAUCAGGCCUUCGCAAUGCACGAGGUCUCCAGCGAGUGCUUUAGUCGCAUAUCACAGCACUCACUUGCUGAGAUGCUGAAAGAUGUGGGGCCAAGCGAAUGGAAUUCCAGUCUCUGGAUCUUGUUCGGGUUUCCUGUUUCGUGGUCCGAUAGCGACAUGGGCGAUCAUUACGAAGAUUUCACAUUGCACUGGAACACCAUCUCGAGCUGGUUCAAAUGGGGGUUUCCAUGGGGAGGAAGGCAUGGGACCACGCGGUUCAAUACCUAUGUCGGUUUCUUCUAUACCAUCCCCGACGAGUGGGACCCCGACAACAAGCCUGACGACCGCACGCCAAAAAGACACCCCUGGCUCGUCUUUUAUCGGCCACGUGAUGCGUUUAAGAGACCGUGGACAGACGCCGAGCUUAUCAUCUGGGAUCCUGCGGCCCCAAGGAGGUUUGGAGACCGUCAGCCCACCGAGGGCGAGCUUACGUUCAUGCAGCGGCAACUGAUCAAGCAUGUACGGGAGCAUACAGGGGAAAGGAAUCCCGGCACCAGGUUGACCGAUGUGUGGCUUGGGGGUUACAUGGUCCCGGAAGAAUGCCAAUCUCCGCACGACAUUGAUGUGGUGGCUCUAUUUCUCCAGGCCUUGGGCACCGAGUUCCAGUUUAAGAAACUUAUUCCCGCGCCGCGUACCAGCAUGUUGAGACCCAAUAAAGGUUUCAAAAGGGUGAAGCUCGCCACGGAUCCAGUUACUGACGAGGACGAUGUAGAGAUGGGUGUCCGGGAUUCUGAGACAUCGGAUGAGGAAGACGCCCGCAUCAUUUUCCAUCCACCUCGCGCUACAGGGCGGCCCUUGUCGGACGACGGGCCCCCAUCCAAGUGUACCAACAGGCUCUUUGAAGAAGCCCGCCUCUGGCGCAACAGGUAUGGGCGACGCUCACAGUACAUGAAGUAUCGGUUUCGACCUACCACGGAGUGGUACAAGGACCAGGAGGAGGAGGGGCGUGGCUUUUCUCACAUAACGGACUUGGGACCGCCAACCCCACGUUGGCCGGCGUGGACUGAGGCCGGUGGAGGCGUCGGGGGAAGUGCAGCCAAAGGUGAUGGGGGUGCUCAAAAGCAGCCAUCUACGUAUGGACAGUCACCCAUUACAGUCUCGCGGACUGCCUCCAGCUCUUCCUACCAUCAAAGCAGCGUGCCCCCUCCGAUGUUGCAGGAGCCACCAGCUGUGACUUUGACGACACUCACUGAGCCUUCAACGACACCAGCUGAGCCUUCAACGGCACCAGCUGAGGCUUCAACGACACCUGCCUUAACCCCGUUGGGUAUGCCGAUACCGAUGAGAUUGGUCAACAGACUCAGCACCCCGUUGAAGUCAAUACUGAAAAACUCGAGAACCCCACAGCCGACCGCUGCUAUGGGCGAGGUCCAGCUUCCAGAUUACAAUGCUGAAAAUACACCUUCCAGCGCGGCAUUUUCUAGAUUGCGCAUCUCCUCACCACCGCCAGCGUCUCGGGCAUUGAAAAAGACAGUCCCUUCUGAGGAACCUUCUGCUAAAUCGAAGGCGAUGACAGUGGGUUCGGUUGCCGGUCGUAGUAAGCGGCCUCGAAUACCAGAUUCGGCUUCAGGGGAUUCGAUCGUCGUAAGCGGGGAGGACGAUACACCGAGUACCAUUCCAACGCCCGAGUCCCACAGACCGAAGAAGCGGCGGACGUCUGAGACUGCUAGCAUGGCAAUCAGGGGGGAAGAGACGGUCUCCUUGGCUAGCAAGCCUUCAACUUCAACGUUGAUCAAGGCGUUGCCAGUUUUGACCAAGACAGCAGCGGAUUCACGGCCUAAAGCACAGGGCAAAGCGUCUGCAUUGCCGUCCAGAUCUUCAACCUCGAAGCCCCCAAAAACAUCAGCAACGCCUAUUCCGGUGCCAAAAGUCCCGGGCGUAAGGCCCGCAAUGACGACUCCCACAUCACAGUCCAGGACGCCCAUAUCGCAGCACAACACCCCCGGCACGAGACCCCCAACGGCAACUCCCACCGCGGGUUCCGUCCCCAGGCUCUUCAAUACAGCAGUUCCCCCACACCGAAAGGUCGGCGGCACAGUUACAAACCAAGCUGGCGAAGAAAGCACCACGAUCCCUCCUCUUCGGCCCAGCGACCCCAAACGGCGCAAGACACUGAAGCCUCCGUCUUCAACAUCGACCAGCGGCAGCGCCCCUGCUCCCAAGACCACCACGAAGACCGGGAAGCGUGCCGGAACCAACAAGGCGAGGCCUUCUUAG